UUGUCAAACUUUGUGGCUAUGGCAACCAACAACUUUAAGUAUCAUAAACAUUAUGAAGAAUUUGACUAAAUUUUCAUUUGAAGGAAGCCACCAACCACAUGUAGCUUUUCUUUUUCUAGUGGGUGCCCACUAAGCCUCCUCAAAGUCAUUUUUUAUUUCAAUAAUUUGAACAAAAUCACUUUAAAAUUGAAGGGCAUUAUCAUUUAUCAAUGUUAAUCUCUCAUUGAUUUCUGGGUUUCUGCAAACUCACAUUUCUCAAUCACAUUCUCAACAAGGGGGAUUGAGAAAAACCCAAAAAAAGAAGGAACCAUCAACCAUGUGUCCUCUGAGGAUCAUUCUGGUUUUCUUGUCUGCAACUCUCACCGGUUUCUUCGUUCUUAGAAACCUCCGAGCUCAGCCUUUGGUUGACGACGGUGACGACGCUGUUUCUACCCUUCUGGCGAACCCCAAAGUUGCAGAUUCUUCAAAGGAUUCUUCAAAUGGAAAUUCCAAGGUUAGGGCUGCAAUAGAAUCUGGGUUCUGGACCUUCGUGGACAUGGCCAGUGGGCGUUACCUUUGGAGGAACAUGGUCUCAUCCUCUGCAAAGCGCUCCAGCUGAGCGAUGAUGUGUUUUCUGUGGUUGUAUGUUACCCUUAUUCUGAAUCAUUAUCUUUGUAGACCCAUUUGGGUCAUUGGUUGAUCAUUGCCUCUAAUGUUGUAACUUUAGGGUCUAUUUUGACUCGAUGUAUCAUAGUUGUUGUUCAUAGAAUUGUUGUGUUUGGUGCUGGUUUUGAAUGCUGAAAGACUGAAACUCAUAAAUGACAAUAAAGAUAAUAACUAUAUAAUGUUUAUUUUCUUGCCAUUACAUCA